AUGGCUUUCCGUAACAAACCUUCUUCUCCCUUCGACUGCAUCAUCUUUGAUUUGGAUGACACCUUGUACCCAUCCACCACCGGAAUCGGAGCUUCCGUUAAGAAAAACAUCGAUCUCUUCCUAAUUGAAAAAUGCGGUUUCUCACCAUCCAAAGCCUCCACCCUCCGUGUCGAACUUUUCAAAUCCCACGGUAGCACCCUCGCCGGUUUACGAGCACUAGGCUAUGAUAUCACCGCAGAAGAAUACCACAGUUUCGUGCACGGAAGACUACCUUACGAAUUAAUCAAACCUGACAUUCAGUUACGAAACCUCUUGCGUUCAAUCAAACAAAGGAAAAUUAUUUUCACGAAUUCGGACAGGAUCCAUGCGUUGAAAGCGUUGGAUCGGCUUGGUAUAAAGGACUGUUUCGAACAGAUUAUAUGCUUCGAGACUAUAAACCCGAAUCUACCGAACUCGACCCGACCCGAUGAGUUUCCUGUCGUUUUGAAACCUUCGCUGGAUGCCUUCAAAAUCGCGAUUCAGACUGCUAACGUCGAUCCUCGUCGUACCUUGUUUUUGGAUGACAGCGUAAGAAAUAUCGCUGCGGGUAAAGAAAUGGGUCUCCAUACUGUUUUGGUUGGGGAGGGUGUGAAAAGCAAAGUUGGGGACUAUGUAGUGGAAUGUGUGAAUAGAGUUGCACUUGCGGAAGUGAUUCCUGGAAUAUGGGGAAACAGAGUGGAAGAUGGUGAUAGAAAGAUUUCACGCACAAACAGCGAAUUGGAUGCUUUGUUAAGCGCAUAUACUGCUGUUGGAGCUUGA